UAAAGCAGGUGUCGGAUUGCAGCGCUCUCGCGGAGGCUCUGGAAUUGCAGGAGUCCGGCUGCCUCUGGUUGUCUGGUUACUGUUCCUUCGCCUCCCUCUCUUGGACAGCUUCCUAACCCAGCGGGGUCGCACAGAGUGAAAAUGGUCCACCAUUCAGGCUCGAUUCAGUCCUUUAAACAGCAAAAAGGUAUAAAUAUAAGCAAGAGUGAGAUAGCGAAAGAAACAUCGUUAAAACCAUCCAGGAGAUCCCUGCCAUGCCUCGCCCAGAGCUUUGCGUACUCCAAGAACUUGAGCCAAUCUACCUCACUCUUCCAGUCAACAGAGAGUGAAUCUCAGGCUCCCACUUCUGUGACCUCAGUCUCUGCUGACAAAGCAGAGCAAGUUAACACCGAGGAGGAUAAAAAAGACUCUGUGCUCAAAUGUUCUUUUGCUGACCUCGGUGAUUUUUGCUUGGCCCUAGGAAAAGAUAAAGAUUACAUGGAUGAAUCAGAACAUGCUAACUAUGACCGAUCUCGUCUCAUUAAAGACUCUGUUCCCAAAGAUAGUUCUGAAUCCAAGACAAGAUUGUCUAAGAAUGACAUGAAUUACAUAGCUUCCAGUGGACUUCUAUUCAAAGAUGGCAAAAAGCGGAUUGAUUACAUCCUGGUUUAUCGAAAGUCAAAUAUACAAUAUGACAAAAGAAACACAUUUGAAAAGAACCUCAGAACAGAAGGCUUGAUGUUGGAAAAGGAGCCAGCUGUUGCAAACCCUGAUAUCAUGUUUAUUAAAAUUCACAUUCCAUGGGACACGCUGUGCAAGUAUGCAGAGAGGCUGAAUAUCAGGAUGCCUUUCAGGAAAAAAUCCUAUUACACUGACCGGAGGAGCAAAUCAAUGGGCAGUGUGCAACAUUAUUUUAAAAGAAUCAAAAAAUGGAUGGCCCAAAACCCAAUGGUUCUCGACAAGACAGCUUUUCCAGACCUGGAGAACUCAGAUUGCUAUACUGGCCCCUUCAGCCGUGCACGGAUCCACCACUUCAUAAUAAACAAUAAGGACACCUUCUUCAGCAAUGCUACUCGAAGCAGGAUAGUCUAUCACAUGUUGCAGCACACCAAAUAUGAGCAUGGGAUAUCAAAAGUGGGUAUCUGUAAACUUAUAAACAAUGGUUCAUAUAUAGCAGCUUUUCCCCCACAUGAGGGAGCCUACAAGAGUAGCCUGCCAAUCAAAACCUAUGGACCUCAGAAUAACAGACAUCUAUUAUAUGAGCGCUGGGCACGCUGGGGCAUGUGGUACAAGCAUCAGCCCCUGGAUUUAAUCAGGCUAUACUUUGGUGAGAAAAUCGGGCUCUACUUUGCUUGGCUGGGCUGGUACACUGGAAUGCUCAUUCCUGCAGCUCUUGUUGGCUUGUGCGUUUUCUUCUAUGGAAUAUUAACAAUGAAUGCAAGUCAAGUAAGCAAUGAAAUUUGCAAGGCCACUGAAGUCUUCAUGUGCCCUCGCUGUGACAAGAACUGCUCGCUGCAAAGACUCAACGAUAGCUGUAUCUAUGCCAAGGUGUCAUAUUUGUUUGAUAAUGGAGGGACAGUCUUCUUUGCUAUUUUUAUGGCAAUAUGGGCCACAGUCUUCCUGGAGUUUUGGAAAAGGAGAAGAAGUACACUGACCUACACGUGGGACCUGAUCGAGUGGGAAGAAGAGGAGGAAACAGUUCGUCCCCAGUUUGAAGCAAAGUAUUACAAGAUGGAGAGGGUGAAUCCCAUCAGUGGAAAACCUGAGCCACAUCAGCCUUUCUCAGACAAAGUCACGCGUCUUCUUGUUUCUAUGUCAGGAAUAUUCUUCAUGAUCUCUCUGGUGAUCACGGCAGUGUUCGCAGUCGUGGUUUAUCGCCUAGUUGUCAUGGAGCGGUUUGCAUCGUUCAAGUGGAAUUUUAUCAAACAACACUGGCAGUUUGCAACAUCUGCUGCUGCUGUCUGUAUCAAUUUUGUCAUCAUUAUGCUACUGAAUCUGGCUUAUGAAAAAAUUGCUUACUUUCUCACUAAUUUAGAAUAUCCUCGAACGGAAUCUGAAUGGGAAAAUAGCUUUGCUCUGAAGAUGUUCCUCUUCCAGUUUGUCAAUUUAAACAGUUCUAUCUUCUAUAUCGCUUUCUUUUUGGGGAGAUUCGUAGGCCACCCAGGACAUUACAAUAAACUUUUUAACCGUUGGAGACUGGAGGAAUGUCAUCCUAGUGGCUGUUUGAUAGACCUCUGCCUCCAGAUGGGAGUGAUCAUGUUUUUGAAGCAAAUAUGGAACAACUUCAUGGAACUGGGAUACCCGUUGAUCCAGAACUGGUGGUCACGACAUAAAAUUAAGCAAGAAAUACAAAACGCUUCUAUACCUCAGUGGGAAAAUGAUUGGAAUCUGCAGCCCAUGAAUAUUCACGGACUAAUGGAUGAGUACUUAGAAAUGGUCUUGCAGUUUGGUUUUACCACCAUCUUUGUUGCCGCUUUCCCUCUGGCUCCUCUUUUGGCUUUGUUAAACAAUAUCAUUGAGCUCAGACUGGAUGCAUACAAAUUUGUCACCCAGUGGCGGAGGCCUCUGCCAGCCCGAGCAACUAACAUAGGUAUCUGGUAUGGAAUUCUUGAAGGAAUUGGUAUAUUGGCUGUGAUCACCAAUGCCUUUGUAAUUGCUAUUACAUCUGAUUACAUCCCACGUUUUGUCUAUGAAUACAAAUAUGGCCCCUGUGCAAAUCAUCUUGGAGAUGGUGAAAACUGUUUGAAGGGCUAUGUCAACAACAGCCUAUCCUUCUUUGACCUGAGUGAGCUUGGGAUGGGGAAAUCAGGUUAUUGCAGGUACCGAGACUACAGAGGUCCCCCUUGGAGUUCCAAACCGUAUGAGUUCACCUUACAGUACUGGCACAUCCUCGCUGCUCGACUGGCGUUCAUCAUCGUGUUUGAGCACCUUGUUUUUGGGAUCAAGUCAAUCAUCGCAUACCUGAUUCCAGACGUACCAAAGCACCUGUAUGACCGAAUACGACGGGAGAAGUACCUUGUCCAAGAAAUGAUGUAUGAGGCUGAACUAGAACACUUGCAACAAGAGCGGAGAAAAAGUGGUCAUCCUAUUCACCACGAAUGGCCUUAGCUGAUACCUGGUGCCCACAGGGGCAACACCAUUAGUGGGAAUGACGGCAACUUCAAAUUCUAGGUGGGAUCUAGGAGAAAGGUAUACCUGGCAAACCAUGUGUGUAGUAUGCUACUUGGAAAUGCCUCACAGUCAUCUCUGGGAUUAGAAUAUCCAGGCUUCUAGGGAAGAUAAAGAUGACUCAUGACCCUAAAAAAUGGUUAGAUUGGCAUUGCAGGAAGCCAGGAUCAAAUCCUCAGAGCCAGCCUCAGGGAAUUGUGAGUUAGAGACCUCCACCUUCCAUCAGCUGCAGUGUAAUAGGAAGGGUGAUGGGGAGGUUUCUAGAGACAGAUUUCCAUGUAAAUAUUCACAAGCCAAGCAUGACUGAAUGGAUCGUGUGGUUUUCACUCACACGCUAAUCUGACUUUGGAACCUUAGGUGGAGUUGAGAUACUUACAAGAAAUGACUUAAAGCCGUGAUUGCCGUUGCUGCCAGAACUCCCCGCCCCGUGAGCUUACAGGUUUAUAGGAAUUCCCCUUGUUUCUUGCUGAGAUUAUGGAUCUGUGCCACAGAGAAUUUAUGCUGGUUAACAUUGACUAUGCAGUUGAAGAGCUGCGCAUCACAUUCAGUAAUCGAACCAAAACUCUAAGAUUCUGAAAAGACUACCAUUCGUUGAAAUAAUAUUCUUUGCAUUGGCUACAUUCAAUCUGUUUUAUCACUUGCAGAAACAGUUGCACUUCCUUUUUUUUUUCUUUUGCUAAAUGCCAAUAGAGCCACAUACUUAUAAAAUAUGGGUAUUUAUUCUCAUAUCAUUUAGAACACAACUAAUUCAUAUUUUACUGCAGAAGGCUCUUUUAUAGUAUCUUUUAUUUUUCCCUCCCUGAUUUAUCACAACAGGUCCCACAGGAUAACUUAAAAUGCUGUAAAUAUGUUGGUUUUCCUUGUACCUUUGCACCUUGACAAUACAUAAUGCAAGUUACCAUUUAUGCAGCUCUGAGACGAGUUACACAGCCUGCCAUUGUGACUUGUUUAUUCAAGACAACAGAAGCCAGAUGCUUGCAACACGUGCUUUUCCAAGUGUGUACUCUUGCUCAUGAGCUAAUGAAAACGAUGCAUGAAUAUAAAUUUAUAUUUGUAAAAAAAAAUCGUUUUUUGAGUUUCAUCUUCUUUUCAUUACUGAAGGGGGCUCUCUGUUAUUAUUUCUUUCACAGGUUGAUUUGGCUUAUGUUUGAAGACGCUCUAGAAACAAAGUCAAAUUAAUUGUGAAAGACAUCAUUUUGCUUUGUUGUGGAAUUGCGAUUUCAGUGUCAGCUCAGUAUCUGUGAGCGUGACUGUUCACAGACUGAUGAAAUGGGAAUGAUGGAACUUAAGCUAAAGGAAGUCUGGUGGAGGCAUAAGCUAUGGGGGCAGCAUGGGAAUUAUUAGAAGAGUUGAAUUAUGGAAAUGUAUGGUGGAAAUCAAGACACUUUCCUUGCAAAACAAUCAAAUUAAUCUCAGUUUUCCUUUCCUGGGAAUCACACAUACUCACACAUUCAUACAUAUCUAUGAUUAUUAUGAUUAUUUGUCCAAUUAAUUUUUGUCUGAUUAAACAAAGCACAGUUAUCUCCAAAAUUUAUAAAGACCAGAUUACACACAGUAUAAAUAAAACAACUUUGUAUCCAUGCUGUGGUUUCUCUAGUAGGAAAACUAUCAACUUUCUCUUAUUAUGUUUAUAAUUCUAACACUGAUUUUUUUUUUUUAACUUUUCCUUCUUUCUCUUGAGGGAAAAGCCAAUAAGAUUAUGGUUGUUGGUUGGUUGGUUGGUUUUUGUCAGAAAUAUUCAGUUCCAGACUUGCCCCUUGAUUCUGAGCAAGAGGAAGGACCUCAGACUCUCAACUCCUCUCACCAGUUCUCGCCACAUGAGACUCCUCCAUUGAACUUCCACAGAGGUUCUCUUUCUGCCAUCUGCUUAUUCAUAGCAACUAAUUCCACUAAAGACACAAAAGAGUUUUAAGCUCCUCCAUUUUUGUGGUGUCUGCAUUUCCUUUUCUUUGUUAUUUAAAUGUAUACACAUGCCUGAGAAUAAAUACGCUCUAUGCCUGUUGAAGACAUCUGUGAACUUGACAUAAAGACUGUAUGUCUUUACCAAAUUAAAGACACGAGACAAAGGCAUUUGUCAUACAGUACAGCAAAGAAUAAUGAUAGUCAUGACCUUGAAAAUUCUUUUCAUUCUGAGUUAUAUUUAUAUAACCACUCUGUUUAAAAUCAUAUUGAUUGCUUAGAAAAAUAUGAAAAGAGAAAGGUGUUUUCAACAACAAAAUUAUAACACAUUGAUUUAGAAAAUAUUUCUAAUAUUUUUUGAAACCGAUGGAAAAAUGGAGAAACAAUGAAAAAUUAUCUGAAAGUUUCCUUUUGUGAAAUCAUACAGUAGAAUAUAGCUAUGCCUUCAUCAAUGUUGACGGAAAAAUAUUGACAGCCUUCACAGAUUGUUAGUUUUAGGUCACUCUGCUUUAGAUGAGAUAAAUGUUUUAUAUCAUGGUUUUCAUAUGAAUACAAAUUAUUUCUCGAAGAUUUAUAUAGCACACACUAUUCUCAGGAAUUCUGUAUUACAUGAAUGCUGCUUAUAUAUUUUCAUAUUCUAAAACAUUGUCUUUUCAAGGAAAUAAGUAAUAUAUAUGUGCAUGCAGUCUGCCUUGCCAAGUUGUUCAAAGCUGAAGCACUUUCACAGUACAGUGUGUUAAACAUUGCUCUGGAUCAUAGCCAAAAUAGUUUGCACUUGUCUGUGAGUCUGUGCACAUACUUUUAGAUAAAAUGUGACUGCAUGAUGAGAUACAACUUCUGAAUGCUGCACAUUCUUCCAGAAUGACUCUCAGAACAAUCUAUUGUGUAAUGGAAUGAAAAGAACCUUUUUCACUCAAUAAAUUAUCAUGUGAUACGGUAUUUUUCCUAUAAUGUGCAUGUUAAAUUUAAUCCUACUUGUUUCUUAAACAUUAGGUUGGGAUUUGUGGAGUGUGUAUGGGGAGAGGGGACUGCCCAUUCUUUAGCUCUAUAAGGCAAUAGUUUCCUAUUCUUGUAAGCCCUUAGCCCACUCUUAAAAAUUUUGACUUUUUGUCUUCUGAUAAACUCAUUGUCAUCAUCAAGUCUUUGCACAUGAAAGUGCAGAUGGAGUAUCAUAUUGAUCCCAGUAAUGCUUUGUGCUAACAACAGAUGGGAGAGGAAGCUUGAUUCAUUCUUAGAAGGGUAAUAAUGCUUCUGUCACACAGAGGAUUUUCUUUUUUCACACUCAGGCUGGCUCUACGAACCACCAUCAAAAUCUUCUUAGGACAGAAACUUAGCACAAAUGUGGUUCAUGCCAAGUAGGGCAUGUGGGGGCACCCUAGACAACUUUCAACAAGAGGUGACCAAAUUGCCCAUUUUUUCUCCACUUGAUAGUCAAAAUUGAAAAUCCAUGUUGCCUGAAGAGUUCCUUGACUGAUAUGGCUGAAUUGAUUAGUCUGUCAAUUGGGGGCAGGUAGACACAGGCCCAGGAUAUGGUGCGUGUGUGUGUGUUUGUACACACACACGUUAGGCUUUUUUUUUGCAUAAAAACCAGUGAGGACUUAUUCUCUGUGAGAUAUGCCCAGUUCAGUCCUACGAUGGUCAUCAGGUUAUUUCCAUUCCAUUUUCCCCCAAAUCACAAGAUUUGUAACAGGCUUUCUGGAUAGUUGUAGGUUUCAUCCAGGGAAUCAGUUAACAUCUCCUUUCUAGUAUUCUCAGUAGCUCAGAAAAGAACAUUUUAGAAAUGGCCUAAAAAGCCAGCUCCUGAUGGAAAGGUGAGCAUUUCCCUGGAAUUGUUUCUACUCAAAAUCUAAUGUGCCCACAGUACAGAGCCUGGAUGGAAUAUUGAUUGGGCUCUAGCUUGAAUCAUUGGUCAGUCUUGAUUCCUGCCAGCUAGGAUUUAUAUAUUUGUAAUGAUGAGAAAUUACUUCACCUGAACUUGCCAUCUGGGUUCAUCUGAAAAACCACACCCACAACCACAUUUGGUGGUUUUCUUUCUAGAGAACACAAGUGUUAUAGCCACUGUGUUCACAUCCACACAUCGCAUUAAGGCAUCUUUUUCAGGAAAGAAAAAUGAAAGCAGAAAGGUUGGAAGAGAAGAGUCUCCUAUUUAGGACCAGAUCCAAUUUCUUGUACAAUCAAAGUCUACUCUCAGGGAGAAUAAGCUUCUACAUCCAAGCUUACAGCUCUGUGACUGUGCCAGUGUGAGCCCCAGCGCAGUUCUCCCUAGAGAAAGCCUCUUGUUCCGCAGACAGCCGCCCCAGGUGGAAGUCUUGAGCACACCAGUCAGCUCUGUGGAUGCUGCUGUACAUCUUUCCCCACAAAGGAAGGGGAGAGAUUACCAGGCAUAUACCUAUAUUGUCUUCCUCAGAAGAUUUAUUUCUCUCUCAAUUCUCACUCCCUCUGUUGGAAAAGCAGUGUCUGCUCUCUGUUUUUCAGAAGGAAAAUAUUCCUAAAUUAUUAGUUGAAUAACAAAACUUAAUGAGAUCUAAUUAGAUAUUUCUCACAAAAGUAAUUGUCACAUGGAUGGCUAGCCCCAUGUGGUAGUCAAGCUGCCUCAAAAGCUUUAAAAUUAUUUUGCCAAUGUCCAUGCCACUCAACACCACCAGGUGAACAUGUUAGGCCAAAUUUAAUAUCUUUUCUAACAAGCAGUGUGAAAAGACUUUUCCCACUGGCUUUUACCCAGUAUACUUUUGUGAUGCUUUUCUCUACGUGAGAAGGAGGUCAUUAAAUGGCCAGGCAAAUCUGAUGGCCAAGACAGUGGUAGAAGCAAUGUUUUGGGGAUGGUGGAAGGGACGUAGGGACUUUCCUAGCAAAGCAGAGACGUCUAAGUUGCAGAAUCCUAUUUCAGUAGCUGCUGUGCACACACCCUGCCUUCUUUCCAACUGAAAAACAACUGCGAUUUAGUCCAUCUUUUAACAUUCAGAAGAAGUGAAGGAUUUUUUUUCUUGUCUUUCUUUAUCUAUUUUAAGAUUUAUGAAGCUAAAUCUAGUAAGCUUAGUUUUCAUUGACAACUCAAGCCGAAAAAUAAAUGUUUCAAUUUUCACUGCUGAAGACAAAAGUGCACUUAAAAAUAUAAGCAAUUUUAUCUUCCUCCGAUGUGAGCUUUUGGCUUCCAUAUUAUAUUUUUCAAAGAGGAAAGAGCAACUAAAGUCCCAUAAUUAAGGAGACAAUUUAGGGAGUGCCAGAAGAAACCCAGUGGAUUUCUCCAACCAUUUUGUUCUCAAUAGGAGAAAUUAUGUUGCAACCGUAUAUUUAGCCAUAUGAUUUUAAAUAUUGAUUUUUUCUUUGUACUCCCUAAUUUUUGAUUUGCAAAUCAAAAGAAUAUACAUUAUGUAUUGUUAAUCAUUAAACACUCCUUCUAAACUCUCAUAAGACAUUUUAAAGUGACUUUUAGGAAGCUUUGCUCUGUUGAAAUAGAUUGAAUCAAUUUUUAAGGCAGUGUCUUCAGGUCAGCAUUCUUGAAAAGAGUCAAGCAUAAUGGUACAGAAACCUCUAUAAUGUAGAUUCCAAGUCAGUCAAUAACAUUGCCUGAUUGCUCAGUUCUCUCCAAAUUCUCCCUGCCUGUGUUAUACUGGUACAAAUAAGCAAUUUAGGGAUUGCUCAUUUAUUUUCUUACAUGGCGAUUGCAUUAGGGUAUUAAAUGAAUACACUACAUAAAAUUAUUCUUAGCUUUUUAAAUGUGUCAACGCAGAUUUUGUAAUUGGAAACUGGAUGUUCUGAACACCUGUGUAGAAAAUUGCUUUAAAAUUUUCAAAAAACAGAUGAAUUGUUGUUUCUGGAAAUUCCUGAGGACAAAUGGGUCAAGGUCCAUAAAAGUUGUCACCAUUAUAUGUCGCUUUUCUUGAUUUAUAGCAGCCUAUUAUAUUAAGUCAUGAAGUCCUCUAGAUGAUUACUUCUGUGUGUGUGUGUCCUAAGCCCUUGGAUAGCCCAAAUAUUACAGGAAUUAUCCAAAACCCAAAACACUGAAAAAGAAGUCAUGCUACGUCAUACGUCAAGCCUUAUUUUGACAUGUGUUUGCUAGGUCUCUUGGUAGACCUGCCUUAAUCUAUUGUUUAUAUAAAAGAUUUUAGGGUAGAUAACUAUUUUGCAUUCCACUCCUAACACUGUAAAGAAUAUUCACAUGGAUCAUUUGAAAUCACUUAAAUCUGAACUUACUUUUAAAAGAAAUAAUUAAAAUAAUUGUAUACCAUAAUUGUAUAUCUGUACUUAUUCUGUAGGCCUUUUUCCUAAAAUUAACUCGUUGUAUAAAGACAGCAUUAAAUUUAGAAGUAUUCCAGGGCUCUGUGAAAAAGCUGCAUAAAAUUUUGGAAAUACAAAAAUAUCAUCUUGAAUUUCCUAGUGAUAUACAGAAAUACCAUUAUCAAGUAACGUUUUCAAUCAUAGGGUAGGAUUAUUUUUCUACUUUGUCAUGGGAGUCUCAUGAGAGAGCCACACUGAUAUCCUGACACCCCAAGUAAGGGCCAUGUUGUGAUUAAGUAACCAAAUAUUUAUAAGCCUAACUCUGUCUUCUGAAGAUGCCUGAUAUUUCAGACACCAAAUAUGCAGUUAGAAAAGUGGGCUUGUGAGUUCUCUUAGUCACGUGUUUGUAAAUCUAGGUGGAUUUGGUCAGCAGUUUGGAAUGGAGGAGGAAAUAAUAGCAUUAACUCUUUCCAAGAAUUACAAAUAAAAGUAACCCAUCACGUGAUUCACUAUCAAUUAUGAGUUACACUUGAUUAAUCUAAAAUUUUGUAGAAUUUUCAUAUAUAUCAUUGAUAAUAUCAUUUGAAUUUUAGUUGUUUGAAAAUAGAUACUUCUGGGUUAUAAUGCUCGAUAAAAGAAGUUAACUCUGCUGUAAACCCUGCUACCUUGCACUAUUAAGAUUGAACACAUGAGAUUUGUAAAUACGCAAGUGCAUAUAGAGAGAGCCAAAGUUCUGUAAUAUUUUUAAAUGAUUUCUUUCUAAGAGAACAAUUAAAGGACAAUUCCUCUAUUUUUUCUAUUUCCUGAUCUGGUCUUUGUAAUAAUGUUUAAGAUUGUAAUACCAUAAAAAUAUUUCAGUAACAUUCUCUUUGCAAGCCCCCUGGUCUGUGGUUUACUUCUUUUUCUCUUUAUAACAAAACGAUAUAACCCCAUAAAAUGGCAAAAUAAUGAAAUUUAAAUCAAGAAACACUGUUUGAACUGAACAAAGGGAAAAGCCCUUCCCUUCUGUUGUUGUUUAGACAAUUGCAGUUGAUUUCAGCUGUGUGUUGUGUCACAAACUUGGGUUAAGAUGCUCUUUGCUUAUCAAGGUUUACAUGUACAAAUGUAAUACUUAAAUCACAGAUACGAAUAUUGCAUUUUUCAGUAAUAAACUUGUCUAUCUUUUUAACAGUAGUUUUUUUCUUUUUUUCCAAGAAUUUAGGACCUUUUGAAAAGUUAAGCUCUGGAAAAUCACAUUUUAUUUAAACUCAGCAUUAAAAAGGCUAUUGGGCUGGCCUGGUGGCGUAGUGGUUAAG